AUGUCCAAACGAGAUCAUAGCCACAUUCACUCAAAGCUCUUCCUUCGGGACACAGACAUUAUGAAGGUGGAUGAUUCAUUCAUGAACGGCCUUGCUGAUGGUGUUUCAGAUGAUGAGGUUGAUUAUGGAAAAAACAAGAAACAAAAAUUACCUCAAUUACAGAAAACGACCACCAUCACGAUGGGAAGUGAUGAUGAACAGGUAAAACUGAUCAUUCUUGAUUUUUCAAAUUCCUCUUCUUCUCUGAAUGAACAUUGUAAGCAACAUGUUCGUAAAUGGGAAUUCGUGUUGAAAAAGAAAUUCUCAAUGCAACAAGAAGGGAAGAAGAAAUGGUUAUUGAACCGAGAAUUGAAAUAUAAACAUUUCUUUCCUGUUGAGUUUAUGAAUGACAAGGAAUUUGUUUUGAAUCACAUCAAAAAGUAUGGUUAUGGAUUGGAAUAUGCAUCUACGCAAUUAAAACAAGAUCCAGAUUUUGUUUUGAAAAUGGUCCAACAACAAGGAAUUCAAAUACAAUUUUCGAGCUGCGUCAUUUGUGGUGAUAAAGAAGUGGCAUUUACAGCAAUAAAAAACAACGCAUGUGGCCUUCUCAUCUAUAUUCCAAAACAAAUUGCACUUGUCGGAUUGAAAUUCAAAAAGAGUCUUUCUAUAGGAUACAACAAGGAAGUCAUGUUUGAAGCAGUGAAGAAUAAUGGAUUGGCAUUAUUAUACACACAUUACAGUUUGCAGCAAGAACUUGAGAUGGAAGCUCUUAAAUGCAAUGGUUAUGUUUUGGAGUAUAGUGAUGAAUUAUAUCGAGCGAGAAUGCACUAUUGUUAUCAUGAUGCUUAUUUGGGAAAUGAUCUUUGA